CGAGUGCGCCGCACGCCGCUGACGUCAGAGAGCAAUGGCUGCGGCCGCAGCUACGGCGCUGGAAUCCUGGCAGGCGGCGGCUCCGCGGAAGAGGCGCUCCGCGGCUCGACGGCCGCGGCGGAGGGAGGCGGCGCCCCGGGGCCCCGAGGCGGAGUUCGAGUCUGACAGCGGAGUCGUGCUUCGUCGCAUAUGGGAGGCUGAGAAGGACCUGUUUAUCUCUGAUUUCUGGAGUUCAGCACUAGAAACCAUCAAUAGAUGUCUCACAAAACAUCUGGAACAACUGAAGGCCCCUGUGGGGACUCUUUCGGACAUCUUUGGAAACCUGCAUCUUGACUCAUUGCCAGAGGAGUCAGAUGUGGCCACUGAUUCUAUCCCAAGAGAGACCUUGGUCACAGGAACCUGCCAUUUGAAGUGUGUGUGUUACGGCAUUGGGAACUUUGCCACCUGCAUCAUAGCUAGAAACCAGCUAACGUUUUUGCUGCUUUUGUUGGAAAAGUGCCAGAUUCCCAGAAGUCACUGUUGGGUAUAUGACCCUCUGUUUAGCCAACUUGAAAUUGAAGUCCUUAACACCCUUGGUGUGACUGUUCUCAGUGAGAACGAGGAAGGGAAACGGAGUAUUCGCGGGGAGCCUACCAUCUUUUACAUGCUCCAUUGUGGGACGGCCUUGUACAACAAUCUUUUAUGGAGUAACUGGUCAGUAGAUGCCCUUUCUAAGAUGGUCAUCAUUGGGAACAGUUUCAAAGGACUUGAGGAGAGGUUGUUGGCAAGGAUUCUGCAGAAAAAUUAUCCCUACAUUGCAAAGGAAAGUGGGGAUGACAAGUAAAAUGGAAAUUUAUCCCAGAAGAGUAAGGAUUACUGUGACUAUCUGAAGUUUUUAUACUUGAAUUUUUCUGCUCAGAUUUUAAAAGGACUGGAGGAGCUUGAGUUUCCUCAGACUUCACAAUACAUGGACAUAUUUAAUGAUACCUCUGUCCACUGGUUCCCUGUGCAAAAGCUAGAACAGCUCUCCAUAGAUAUUUGGGAGUUUUGGGAAGAACCAGAUUAUCAGGACUGUGAGGACCUUGAAAUCAUCAGGAACAAGAGAGAAGAUCCUUCUGCUACUGACUGAACUCACUGUGAGGUACUCAGUGUAGGCUGAGGUAGAAGCUGCCACCAGAGACUAAGGGGAAGGCUGCCAUGGAGGAACUACAGAGAACUCCUUUGCCAGGAAAGAACAUCAACUUGGCUGUCCUGUUUUGAGGAUGAUACCCCACAUGAGGACUUGGUAUAAAGAUUCCUGCACUACAUGGCAUUGGCCCGUUUUACAUCCUUCCCUCAUGACCUGGCCUGAUGUGGAGUAGCUCCUGAGUAAAGAAGUUACCCUUUUGAAGGUGAUCUAAAAAUACUGUUUAUUUACAGUACCUCCCUCUCAGGGGCAAGUCUCUGACUAGUUCUGGACCUGCCACAGUUCACUUGGCCAUGUCGAUCAGGCUCUGCAGUGAGGUGGGCACCCACGUCUUCUCGCCCUGGACAAAGACCACUCCCCGGUCGAUGUAGAUCACAAUGCGGCCAAAGGUGUAGAGCUGCUUCCCUUCGUGUCGCUUCCCAAUGACGGGCAUGAAGACAAUGUUGUGCUCCUCAGCCUUGGUCUCAAUGAGGUCCUUAAAGUUCAUGGGCACAGAGCUGGCGGCCACGCCAAUGCCCCUCUGAGCCAUGUUCUCAGCCUCCCGCCUCUCCUGCAUGGCCUCGUACUGGAAGUCCUUCCUCCGCUCUGUGUGGGUGAGAUAGGCAAUGUUCUCCCGUGCUCCUGGCUGCAUGUAGGCACCUAAGAUACAGGAGGACAGGGCGGUGAGAAGAGGUGUUUCCAGGUGUAUGGAAGUUGACACUGUGACUUGGCCCAGGUCUUGGGUGUGCCAGAGUGCUUGUGACUCACUGAAGGGCAGCUCUGCCUCAAAGAUACAACUUUGGAGGAAGUUUAGACGACUGGCCAGUAUCACAUAAAAACUGUUCAGAAGGUUCCUGGCUAGUAUCUAGUAACCAGAUUAUUAAUAUUCAACAUUUUAAAAUGAAGUAUCUGCAAGGGAUUUCUUCCUUCAGAGAUGGAAACAUUAACAGAGAGUCCUCAGCCACUCUUCUGUUCCCACCUUGCUCUGUAGAGUUUCCACUUCACACCACCAAAGAGGCAGCUUUUAGUACCUUGAAAACAUAGGGCCCACACUGGCUUUAUUUUUAACCUACCCACACAGGCCCCCCAUCCUGAAAGAAGUUCACAUAUAUUUAGGGAGCUGAAAUGAGUGUUUAAAGGAUAAUACCAAGACCAUAAAUGCUAAGUGCUAAUUGAGGGGUAUAUUCAGGGAACAGUUUUGGAAACAUGAGGCCAAGGGUAGCUAAGGAAGAGUUUUUAGAAAAAACUUGAUAAUUACAGAAGCAGAGAAGUAUAUUUGCCUUAUUACUUAAUCUCUGUUUUCACAGAAUAGGCUAUUUUUUCUUUUCUUUUUUUUUUUUUUGAGACCGAGUCUCGCUCUUGUCACCUAGGCUGGAGUGCAGUGCUUGCAAUCUCGGCUCACUACAACCUCUGCCUCCCAGGUUUAAGCGAUUCUUCUGCCUCAGCCUCCUAAGUAGCUGGCAUUACAGGCAUGUGCCACCGCGCCCGGCUAAUUUUUGCAUUUUUAGUAGAGAUGGGGUUUCACCAUGUUGGUCAGGCUGGUCUCGAACUCCUGACCUCGUGAUCUACCCGCCUCGGCCUCCCAAAGUGCUAGGACUACAGGCGUGAGCCACCGCGCCUGGCCUAGGCUAUUAAAUAACAAGAAUUAAAGACUCAGGAAAUAGACAUUCCAGUUCUAACUGCCACCCUUUAACUAUGUGACCUUAAACAGGCUCUUAGCCUCGCUGGGCUUAUCUGUAAAACACAGACUAGAUGAUCCCAUUUCAAUGCUGUGAAUCAGCUAAUGAGCAACACUGGAGCACAGGACUGGUUGAAAUAGGCUCCCAAAUGUAGAAACAUAAACAUACUCUCACUUACUUAUGAUCUAGGCAGAAUGACUUACCUAGAACUUGGGAAUAGAUAUAGUACACGAACACAGACACCACCUAUUGAAGGCUACACACAAGCAUGAACUCUCCCUUUUAGCCUAUGAAGUAGAUCUUACCGUUUAACAGGUAAAAUGGGGCUGAUUAAGGCUGAGCAAUCACCAAGUGUCAGAACGUGUGCGGAACUCCACACUGUAAGAUGCGUCACCUAAGCAGCAUGCUCAGGCCUGAAUGAGCCUUAAAAGGCCACACAGCACAGUGGUAAAGAGGGCAGGGCCUGGGGUUAGACUGACAUCAUCUGAAUCCAGCUUAAGUCAGUCUCCACUCAGGGAAGAUGCCCCUCUCAGUCAUGGUAGACCUGCGCAGUGGGUGCCAGCUGACCAUGUACCCCAAUCAGCAGGGUGAAAGUCUGUUGCUAUGUGCAAAAGUGUGACCUAAGGUUUAGGCUGCCUACAGGAACCAGCAAACUCUGAUUCUGUGUCAUUUACAUGUGUAAAAUCUGAAACUCGGGGCCAGGACAUCCAAAAUGGGAAUCCUCACUUACCAACGUUGGAGGACACCGCCCGGUUCAUGAUAUCAAGUGCCUCAUUAAAUUUGUCCUUGACAGAUGGAUGUGCCAGCACUUGGUCUGAGAACAUCGACUUCCAACCCAGGUACCACUUGGUGAUCUCCUCAUAAUUUGGGCUGUUACUGAGCCAAGAGCACAGCACCUGCCAAAAAGAAAAAUUACUUGCAUCCAUCGUGGCAACAAACGAAGGCAAGAUUUCUGAAGGGGCCAUUUGUUUUGUUUUGAUCCUGGUCCUGCAGGCUAGUGACACUACUUUACAGGGAUUUAUAGUAGCUAAACAGUCUAGCACUUAUGAAUAUGGAUUUUGGAGUCAGCCUGGUAGCUAAAGUGCCCUUGCAUGUAAAUUCCCUGAGCCUCAGCUUCCAUGUCUACACAACAGGGAUACCAUAUCCCCUACCCCAUAGGAUUGCUGAGAGGAGCUGAGAUAAAGCAAAUAAAGUGCUUGGAACAGCUUCUGAUACAUGGCAAAUGUCCAAUAAAUGGUGCCCACUAUGAAGAUGACCUAA